AGAGUAAAAGCAGUAGAGAGGGUUACUGGAACAGAAGUGAUGGACUUAGUCCAGUCAGACUGACAGAGCUCACCAAGGCUCCUAUUUUUUGGGUUGUGAGGAGCAGGCUGACCAUGCUGUGGACCUUCUGUGCUUUCAAAACACCAUAUGGAUUGAGGAGCACUUAACUUGAUCUUCUGAGGUUCUUCAAAGGCUGAGGACGUCUGACAACUUGAAACCUCAAUACUGUGCAUCUCUUUGGCACACUUCAGAAUUUGGUGAACACCUCAAAAAUAUUUUCUUCUGGCCGUUUUAGCAACGUUCACACUACUUUGGUUUUGCAUACUAAAGACUGCAUACUUUAAUAUUUAUUCAAAGGCUUGAUUUGACCGGCACCGGCAUCUGACUUCUGAGGUUUCACAGGCUUUUGCGUCAGCAGACAGACAGAGGUGUUUAAUAGAAAGCUUUAUGAGGGACGACCUGAAACGGAGAACAUACUGACAAAGAGAAAAAGUGUGGGGGGGAUUACGAGGGACAGAGAGACGGAUAGAGAGAGGGAAACCCCACAGAGCAAUUUUUACCGGUUGUGAUGAGUCUUUUCACAGCACUCCUCAGAGUUUCUUCAGGAUAUCGACGGGUUUGAAACGGGAGCCGUUCAAUAAGUUAUCUGGCCUGUGAGGAGUGUGUGGUCAUGGCUCUUCACGUGGUAGUAUGGUUGGUGUUGCUCCUGGUGAGUGGACCAAUCCAAGGAACGAAGGGUGGCGCUCAAGAGUUUGACAGCAGCGAUGAAGGUCCUAAGGUUGAAUUUCUGUCUCGAACCCGACGGGCCCCCGAGCCUAUUCCUCAAGAUAAGUGCUCGUACACUUUUAUUGUACCCCAACAGAAGGUUACGGGAGCCAUCUGUGUGAAUUCCAAGGAGCCAGAGGCUUUGCUGGAGAAUCGUGUCAAUAAGCAGGAGCUGGAACUUCUCAAUUCUGAGCUCCACAAGCAGAAGAGACAAAUUGAGACGCUACAGCAACUCGUAGAGGUCGACGGUGGAAUUGUCAACGAGGUGAAGCUUCUGCGCAAAGAGUCUCGUAACAUGAAUUCUAGAGUAACCCAGUUAUACAUGCAACUACUGCACGAGAUCAUCCGCAAGCGUGACAAUGCGCUGGAGCUGUCACAGCUGGAGAACAAGAUCCUAAACCAGACUUCCGAGAUGCUGCAGCUCACAAACCGCUAUAAAGAUCUGGAGUACAAGUAUCAGCACCUUGCCUCACUGGCCAAUAACCAGUCAACGCUCAUUGCCCUUCUUGAGGCACAGUGUCAGAGGGGACCACCAGUUAUGGCCCCAAGGGUACAGCCCCAGCCCCAGCCUCAGCCCCAACCUCAACCCAGACCCUCAACACCUCUCAAUAAGCCCUACCAGCCACCUCCCUUUAACCGCAACAAUCAGAUCACCAAUGAGAUCCAGAGCGAUCAGAACCUUAAAGUGCCACCUGUCCCUCCUCCUACUAUUCCAGGUGCAUCUCACAACCUGUCUACAACAAACAAACCCUCCGGUCCAUGGAAAGACUGUCUGCAGGCUCUAGAAGAUGGGCACACUAACAGCGACAUGUAUCUAGUCAAACCGGAAAACACCAACAAGCUGAUGCAGGUAUGGUGUGACCAGAGACAUGACCCUGGUGGCUGGACAGUCAUCCAGAGAAGAAUGGAUGGAUCUGUCAACUUCUUUAGAAACUGGGAGACAUAUAAGCAAGGCUUUGGAAACAUAGAUGGAGAAUAUUGGUUAGGACUGGAAAACAUACAUUGGUUAACCAACCAGGGGAACUACAAACUGCUGGUGACGCUGGAGGACUGGUCUGGACGCAAGACGUUUGCCGAGUAUGCAAGUUUCCGUCUCGAGGCCGAAUCAGAGUUCUACAAGCUCAGGGUUGGUCGUUACCACGGUAACGCCGGCGACUCUCUGACAUGGCACAAUGGGAAGCAGUUCACCACCUUGGACAGGGAUCACGACGCAUACACAGGCAACUGUGCCCACUACCAAAAAGGAGGCUGGUGGUAUAACGCCUGCGCCCACUCGAAUCUAAACGGUGUGUGGUACAGGGGCGGCCACUACCGCAGUCGCUAUCAGGACGGAGUUUACUGGGCUGAAUUCAGAGGCGGCUCUUAUUCCCUUAAGAAGGUGGUGAUGAUGAUCAGACCCAACCCAAACACUUUCCAUUGAGCAGCACACACACAUAAGGCAAAAACUGAUGACUGCUCGCUCAUCUUCACUCAAUAGAGUGCAAUUCACUUAGAGUUUUUGAAUUGUUAUGGUUCUAACGUAUAUACAGUAAGAUAUGAACAUUGUUUUGGUUAACGUAAUUGGAAACUACAUGAGAACGAAAUUGUCAGUGACUAAAGAAGACAUAACACGCAAUUACUGUAAGUCCCUCAUGGUUUGGCCUAUGCUUUUUUAACAAAUAUUGCAAAGAAAUGAUCAGAAGUCAUUACUUGUUACAAAUAAGACACAGGACAUUCAAUCCAGUGAUAGCUUACGCUUUCCUAGUUUAUUCAAAGCUAAGAGAAUAUAUAUACUGUAUAUUGCCUUAUGAGAUGAAUGACUCAUAAUUUAUUUCAGGGACAUCAUUUUAAAAACUCAUAUACAUGUCAUAGUUUAAUGCAUAGAAAAGAUUCAUUGCCAAAUUUUAAAACAGUUGCUCCAUCUAAAAACUGUAUUUACUGUGUAAAUUAUCUGUUGGUAUCAAAAGAACCAACACAUGUUUAUGUACAUAUAAACGCAAUAUUGUUGAAAAUAAUGUGUAAUUUGUAAUAUACUAUAUAUUUCCCCAUGUACGUUCAAAUUGUUGCAAUAAAAGA